AUGACCAUCCCUUCAGCACGUCGUCCCCUUAGUUCGCAUUCGUACUCAAACCUGAACGAAGUGACGUUCACGCACCUCCAUUGGGUCAUCUCCCUGGACUUUAACGCCCGUCAGCUCCGAGGGUAUGCCGAGUACACGUUCCGUCACACGUCCACGACCUCCUCUUCCAUUGACGUGGUCCUGGACACGCACGACUUGAGCAUCUCCACGGCUUUUGCUGACGGUCAAGAGACGGCGUUUUCGCUCCAAGAGCCAGCGCACGCGGUUUUUGGCCAAGCGCUGGUCGUGACGGUGCCGCGUCAGACGACGAAAAUUCGUGUGGACUACACGACAUCCCCAGCCUCCAGUGGUCUCCAAUGGCUCAGUAAAGAGCUCACAGCAGGCAAGACGCACCCGUAUCUUUUCACCCAAUGCCAGGCCAUCCACGCCCGCUCCCUUUUGCCGUGUCCAGACACUCCGUCGUGUAAAUUCACGUACUCGGCGACGGUCACGGUCCCGGAAUGGUGCACCUGUCUCAUGAGUGCUAUUGCCGAUCCAAAGGGACGGCAGCACCUGGAUCGGGAUCAGCAGACGUACCAAGUGUCGUUUGAGCAAAGUGUACCCAUUCCGAGUUAUUUACUCGCGAUUGUUGCGGGCAAACUCGAGAGUGUGGACUUGGGCCCACGCAGUCGUGUGUGGGCUGAAGCCGCGGUGGUCACCAAAGCUGCACAUGAGUUUGCACAGACGGAAGCUUUUUUAGCGCAUGCUGAGGAAAUCACGGGACAAGAGUAUGUGUGGAAACGAUACGAUCUCGUGUGCCUCCCGCCGUCGUUCCCUUAUGGCGGCAUGGAGAACCCGUGCUUGACCUUUGUGACGCCAACGUUGUUAGCAGGAGACCGCUCGCUUGCUGAUGUUGUGGCGCACGAGAUCUCGCACUCGUGGACGGGGAAUCUCGUGACGAACCACUCGUGGAAUGACUUUUGGCUGAAUGAAGGGUGGACCAUGUGGCUGGAACGCAAGAUCCAGACGCGCAUUGCGCAGGAUCCGAAGGCAUAUGACCUUAAAGCUGCCAUGGGACUACGUGACCUUGUUGAGGCAGUGGAGGAAUUCGGACCUGAGCACCCGUACACGGCGCUGGUACCAAACACAGACGGGAUUGAUCCGGAUGACGUCUUCUCGUCGAUUCCGUAUGAGAAGGGUUUCAAUUUCUUGCACUACCUCUCGACGGUCGUUGGCGGUCACGACGUGUUUGACAAAUUCGCACAAGCAUACAUUCAGGCGUUCAAGUUCAAGACAGUCACGUCAGCCGAAUUCCGUGCGUUUUUUGAACAGUACUUUGCUGAGCAGCCGGAGGCAUUGAGCAAAGUGGACUGGGAGGCCUGGUACCACUCGCCAGGCAUGCCGCCUGUUGCGAACAAGUUUGACACGACUCUUACUAGCCAGGCGACGAAUCUGGGCGAACAAAUGACUGCAAGUGGCGAUCCUGAUACGUGGACAGGUGCUAGCCAAGACGUACUGAAGAAGUGGCCGACUAGUCUGUGGAUCCUGCUACUGGACACGCUGUUGUUGAAGCAGCAAUGUGCGACUUUCACGUGUGCACACCUGGAUGCAAUUGACUCCUUCACGCAUCACCACUUGACGACUACGCACAACUCGGAGCUGCGAUUCCGUUGGUACACACUAUUGCUUCGGUCCGGUGACUUGCGCUCGCUUGACAAGACUGUAGAAAUGCUAAAAGAGCAGGGUCGUAUGAAGUUCGUGCGACCACUCUUCCGAGACCUGUGUACCGCUCUGGGGGCUGCCCAAGCAGAGGCUGUCUUUGCGGAUUGCAAGAGCCUGUACCACCCGAUCGCAGCGAAGAUGAUCCAGCGGGACAUUGAGAACAGCAUCGCAAAAGCGAAAUGCAGAAAGGUCAAGUUUGCGUCGCCGACGACACCAAGUGCAUUGGCGCAGUGGUUCGGUGUGUCAGACGAGGUCAUGGGGUACACUGCUGCUGCGGUUGCCAUCGCGACAGUCGCGCUUGUUGUAGUGUCCCGCAGGCAAUAG